GUAAAUGGAGAAGCUUCAGAGAUAAUUUUCGCAAAGAAUUGAAUAAAGUGUCAAGAGGUCGUUCAGGAGACGAAGGCGGAAAAAAAACUAAAUGGGCUUAUUUUGAUGCUAUGUUAUUUUUAACGGACUCCAUGACCAAUAGAUCUUCAAGUGGUAAUAUUCAAAUGACAGAACAGAGUAGUGCAAUACACUCACCGAGGAAUACAGAUUUUGGUGAAUGUAAUAGUUCUGAUGUAAACACAGAAGAAGAGCAUGAUGAUGAAGGAAAUGAACGAGAUAAAGAUGAAGAGAAUGAAAAUUUCCGCACACCUGAAGCCCAAACAAGAGUCAAUGAAGAGAAAAUUAUUUUUAAUUCAAAAAAAAAAGAAAGAAACAACUAUGUAUGAUCGGCUGUUAGCUUUAGAAGAGAAAAAAAUGGCAAAGUUAUCUGCAAUGAGCUCUACAAAUGACAAUAAUCAUUAUAACAACGACAGCGAUUAUAUGUUUCUGAUGAGCCUUUUACCACAAAUGAAGAGCCUACCAUCUCUGAGAAAUAUGUACAUGCGACUUAAAAUCCAGCAACUAUUUAUAACUGAACAAAAAUGCUCAAAAUCUUGUCGCUACAUCGCUUCCUUCACCAUCUUCGUAUCAGUCUUCAACUAAUACUGUAUCUGAUAAUAAUACAAAUCAAAUGUUUCCAACCACCCUAAGUACUGAGAAC